AUGGAUCCUCGUAAUGCCCAUAUGGAGGCUCGUCAUGUCGAAUAUGUGUUGACAGCCGAAUUCGACAUUGAUGCUGGUCCUACUGUUAGUCACCAGUAUCCUGAAGUUAUUCAAAGCGAUCGUCAUUUAAUGGCUGAGCUCAUGCUUCCUGAUCAGAUCCAUGCUCGUAAUGAAGAUUGGACCGUGUUUUUCUUAUAUAGGAGACCUGGCUCUCAACAACUCGAGUAUAAUAUUCUCGAUGAAGUUGACAAAGAGGCUGCUGAGAAGUUCUAUGUUCUCAAUCUGGUAAAUACUAAGUUCGAUUCAAAUGCAAGACGUGGUGCUAUUGUGAAGUCAAUGGCAAUUGUUACUCCCCAUCCUUUUUUCCAAGUUUUUAAGCCGUUACUUCUGCUGGCUCUAGAUGAUUAUUUCGAAGCUCCUGGAAUCUCUCAUUUAGAGAAUUUAUAUGAUAUCCUCAACUCUGUUGAUAUGUCACAAGUUCCACGAUUCACUCCUUCAGAAAGACUGUUAUUAGCUUCUUCUGAGUAUACUUCACUAUUUAUCGAAAAGUUCGACGCUCAAAAUGACGACAAUCACGAUGCAUUUGGUAAUCGAAAUAGAUCUUCUCAACCAAGAUCUCUAGCGCAUUCUUUCAACUCUCGUUCUUCUAUAACUCAAUCUGAGCCUCGAUCUCCUCGUUCUCCCAAGUCUCCGGAAACCUUAGUAUCCACAACUCUAGACAGACCAUUCACAGAAGUACCACCGCCCACUGCAAUUGCUGCUGGAACUACUAAUAGUACUGACACAUCGUCCAGCACAGCCACUAAUGCCUCUAUUGACGCCACAACCUCUUCGCGCUUGUCGAAUCUUAAUAUUUCACCACCCUCGACCACUGCUGAUGCCAUAGCAGCCGCAACAGCUGUAGCUCCUGUAUCGACUACUACAUUAACACUGGCCAGUAGUUUAAGCACCCCUCUGACUACCCCUACAACUGCCGGCCCACCUGCUACCCCAUCGUCUAUCACAUCAACCCCAGUGGGCUUAACGAGGCGGACAAGUACUACUACCAUUCAACAACCGUCGUUCUACAUCGACCUUCGUAACCAAGGUCAACGUCUUUCCAGUUCUCAAGCGAGAACUGCACAAAGAGAUUCUCAUUUUUUCGACACUACUGUACCAUACAAAUCUAUGAACAUUCCUAUUAAAAUCCCUACCGAUUUUUCUCCAGAGUCUGUUGGCGAUUUCUCUCUAAUCAAAUUAAUAGCCCUUCUCACUUCGAUGAAUCAGCCUUUUACAACUCUACACCCACAUCUCACAAUUUAUGGUCCACACACUCCUCCUCUAUUAGUACUGAUUUUCGCCCUUUUAACGCAAAAGAGAAUUUUAUUUAUUGGCUUGAAUGCUUUAUCUCGAGAUGUUGCUGAACACGUAUUAGCCUGUUGUUCUUUAGCUUCUGGAGGUGGUAUUCUUCGCUCUUAUACUACUCAUGCAUUUCCAUACACGGAUCUCAGCAAGGUUGAUGACUUGUUGGCGUCCAAUGGAUAUAUUGCUGGUGUUAAGAAUCCAACUUUUGAACAUCAUGCAAAUUGGUGGGACAUUAUAGUGGACCUAGAGCAUGGCACCAUGAAAAUAUCACCUGAUAUUGGAACCCCAGCUCCACCUGGCAAUCACCGGUCUCUGGCAAAUGGAAGCUCUGGUGCCGGCUUACCAAACUAUUCUGGUCCUGUAAAUGCCGAAGAUCUGAGUUUUGUUGAUGAGGUUAAGAAGAUGGUGGCUAAUCACUACGGCGAAACCUCUGUACGCACCCGCUGCCAGCAGUAUAUUAAACGAUUUGUUCGCAUGUCAACCAAUUACGAAGAAUACAAGUAUGGUGCUACCAAUUUAUGGCCGUCUUUUAACGACCCCGACUAUCUUGUGGUUCCUGGCUACGGUUAUACAUGGGCAAGUGAGUCUCAGAAGGUAUCUGAUUUUGCCCUGUAUGCACCUGUUAUUGAAGGAUGGAGAGCCUCUCGCAGUUAUAAAUAUUACAUUGAUGAUCAACGAGGAAUAUGGCAGCUACCUCCCAAGUACGUUAUUGACUAUGAAUGCCAUCUAGAUCGACUGAGACUUCAACAGCUAAGUUAUGAAGAAUCGGCUUCUGUUUUUGAAGCUCUCUGUACUCAUACUCAAGACUAUGAUGACAUCAACCGGCUCCUCUCUGCUACCCACCAGAAUAACCUAUUUUAUUUAUGCCUUGGCAUGUUCCAUCGCGAUGCUUCAAUCAGAAUCAUGACUGUGCGCCUUCUACAGCGCAUUGAACAGCACACUGCCGGAAAGCUUUACUUCCAGUCCAUUGGCCAGUUCCAGAAACUAGCCUAUAAACGCCUCGUAGAUGAACUUAACAGUCCUGCAAACACCUUUGUGCCCCAGGAUGGAGUGCCCUUUUAA